AGCUUUUGCGAGCACGGAAGAAUUUAAUUCAGCAUGAGUAUACCCAAGAAAAUAUUUAAAACAGAGCAAUUCCAAAGACAUUGCUGUGUCCCGUUUUGUUCGGCUUCCUCCAAAUGUAACAGUUUUCAUUCUUUUCCUACCGAUUCCGACUUGAGGAAACAAUGGCUGAUAAACAUACGGUGUGAUCCUUACACAGUUACAGCUCACACCAAAGUUUGCAGCGGACAUUUCACUUCUGAUCAGCUCAUUGAGCCAACAUCUUUGACAGGUGGUCGGAGGCUGGUGAAAGGUGCUGUACCAACACUGUUUGAAUGGAAUAACUGUGAAGGUAACACAGGAUCACCCCCUCCUCGAGAGACACAGGAAUGGCACAGUUUACAGAAAGACCAUAGCUACUGCUUUAUACCCGGGGCCACUGAAAAGAAAAGGUCAUCAUCUUAUAAACUGGACAAGUCAAUCUCAGCAACAGAAGGCCAGUCCAAAUAUGUGAAGAACCUGAGGAAAAAAAUUUGGGAGCAAUUUAUUCAGCAAGAGUUUUGUUUACAACGGUUUGCUGGCUCUGAUGAGGACAUUCAGUUUUAUACCAGAUUUCCAAGCUACAAACAUUUGAUGGCAUUUUGGUUUUUGAUUGAGCCUUUGAUUCAUAAAAUGGUCAGGAUGUCAAGAUCUAAAUUAGCUGCCAAAGGAAAUGAAGAAAUAAUGACCUCUGCAUCAGCAUCAAAGGUAGGCCAUGGGGAUACUGGUAGCAUCAUGGGUUGUGCUCUAAUUGCAUUUCUUAACUCAUUCUCUCUUAUGUCAACUUCACAGAGGCAACAUCUUCAACCUGUUGACGAGUUCUUUCUGUUCCUCAUUUUUCUGUCAGUUGGUAUGAAAGAAAGGGACCUUGCAAUUCGAUUCAACAUUCACCAGUCCACGGUGAGCCGCAUUAUAGGAAUGUGGACAGAUUUUCUUUUCACUGUUCUGGGGUCUCAGUGCAUCUGGCUAACACGGCAGAAAGUGCAAGCUUAUCUCCCCGAGGAAUUCAAGAAUUUCCCUGACACCCAGGUGAUCCUGGACUGUACAGAGCUGAGCUGUCAAUUGCCAUCUUCACCGCUUCCCCAGAGGGACAUGAACCCCUCUCACAGAUCCCUCUCCACCAUGAAAGCCUUGGUUGGCAUAGCUCCACACGGUGCUGUAACAUUCAUCUCUGAUCUAUAUAGAGGUUCAAUCAGUAAUAGGGAGCUAUUCAAACGCUCUGGCAUUGUUGAAAACUUGACCAAAGACAUGGCAGUGAUGGUAAAUAAGGGCUUCCUAAUUAGGGAAUGUUGUGAGUGUAAAGUGUACUCCCUUUCUUUUCUGUCCAAGCACCCAGAAGAGCAGGCCACAGCAAGACUCAAAAUGCAUGUGGAGCAAGUCAUUGGGAGUGUAAAACGGAACAAACUUUUUCAUGGCAUUGUCUCUCUGUCACAGGCCUACAGCAUUAACCAGCUGUUUGUAGUUGCAUGUUUGCUGUCAAAUUAUCAGAACACUGCUAUAGUUAAUAAAGUGGUUCAUUGAGGAUCUGAGGACUUACGCCACAAAAUGAACAUAAUAGAUUUGAUCUAUGAAGCUGUGAAAACAACUACUUGCAGCAGAUAAAUUUCUGUCAUUUGAGUCGAAAGCAGACAAGAAAACUGAUUCUCCUGUGCAGCUAAAUUAGUUCUUGGAAGAUACUUGGAACACAUUUUAUAUGCCGAGAAAUGUUUUAUGUUAGAUAUGGUUUUGCAGUUUGCAAUUGUGUGCUUCACUAAAUUUGACCAUUGUUUGAAUUAAAAUGGUUUUUAUGUUUUGGAUCUGAAGCAGACUGUGAAGUGAUUCUACUAACCUGAAUUGGAUUUAUUUAAAUAAAGCUUUGAAAUAUGUAAUAGAAAUUA